AUGUUUGAGGGCGACUUUUUCAAUACUUAUGAGGAGGGUGAUCUAGAGUGGCCAGUUGAUAAGAGUGAUUCCAGUGAUGAUGAACAAGAAGAAGAAGGCCUUCACAACAAUGAAUGGGAACCACCCAUCGAUGAUCCCAUACAAGGCAAUAAAGAACCCUACGACUCCAAUGACUCUGACUUACUUGAAAUUGAUGGGGUCAGUGAACACCUCAGCCUUUCGUACAAGAACUCAAAAGAGUUGAACAAGAUAAUUGACAAGAGCCUUCAUGGACGACUAAAGUUCAAACAGGAACAGAUCAUUGUCACUGGCAAGGCAUUCAACGUCUUCUGCAGAGACGCCAUUGAAUGCAUCAAAGCUUUUGUUUUGUUCGCCUGCUUCGUUGGCAACUAUCCUGAGCAAUUACUUGCUACUGGAGUGAAGGCAAUGGAGUGCCCGAAAUGCGAUAUUCCUACUGACGAACUUGAAAGCAACACGACACUGUUUGAAAUGCGUGAUCUUCAUGCUGUCUUGGAUGCUCUUGCCACAAUUGAUGAUAUCGAUCUUGCUAAGGAUGCCUAUCGUGCAACUAAUCACAAGGAUGAAUUUAUGCAGAUGACGCAAUGA